UGUUUUCAGUCAGUCUACCGCGGGACUUGUGACGGAGCGGUGCGCCUCGAGAGGGCAGCAGUGGUAUCGUGUGCGUGCGGCAAUAUCACGUCUUAAUUUCGUGUGGAUUGUUUCAUGCAUGGCUGCGCGGGUUGCAGCUUGCCUCGCUGAGGAGAUUUAGAAUUUACUAGCGUUGUCUCAAGGGCGGUGUAUGAACCUGCAACCCCCGUGUUCUGAGAGACGCGACGCCUGAAUUAUUCAUCCCUUUCUUUAUCUCUCGUCCCGGAAUAAAGAGGAAGGAGGGAAGGAAGAUCCCAUGAAUGCUACUUCGUGGUAUGGAGGAUGAGCAGCCGAUACCAGGAGACGGAGGUUCGCCACUUCUUUCAACUGACAGGAUAAACACCGUACCAAAAUGGCGGAAGAUUAUAAAGAAGAAUCUAAAUAUUUCACCUUGGUCACGUCAACGACAGGAAUCACUAAUGACCUCCAGCAUCACAAACAAAAUACCAUCGAGGUUUUGGAAAUGGCUUUCGAUAUUCAGAUUUCGAAAACAGGGAGAUGUGCAUCAUAUGAAAUUUCUGUCGGCAAAACAUCAACACAGAAUAAUUUCGAGCAGUUCGACGGCGCUUGUCCACGUGAUAUUCCUCUUGGUGCUUGUGGGGAAGACUGACGGUCUCUGUCCUUCUCGAUGCUCUUGUAACGACGAGGCACUGAGAGCGUCCUGCGAAGACGCAGGUCUCGAAGUCGUGCCAAUCCAGCUGAAUCCAAAUGUGAAAACCAUCAACUUAAGAGACAACCGUAUCGGUGACGUCCACUUCACACUUGGUUUCUAUUCAAAUCUGCGUUCACUGGACGUCUCGCGUAAUCGAAUCUCUUCACUGGGGUCUAAAAACUUUGAACUUCAAGGGAAACUGAUGAGCCUUAAUGUGAGCGGUAACCAGAUAGCCAACCUUACGAAAUUCACGUUCAGUGGACUCAAGUCUUUGAGAGUGCUGGAUCUCAGUGAGAAUCUUAUUGAAUCUUUGGAAGGCGGCGUAUGGGAAGAUUCGCCAAAUUUAUGGGAAAUGCAUCUGCGUACCAAUAAGAUUAUAUCGAUCGGUGAAGGUGUCUUCGAUCCGUUAAUUAACCUAAAAGUGCUAGAUCUCUCAGACAACCAACUACUUGAUGUACCAUCGGGUGCUUUAAGACGAUUACCAUCUUUGGGAACUUUAAAUAUGAGCGAUAAUCUCAUUGAAAGUGUAUCAGGUGACGCCAUACCAAAUUUACGAGAUUUAAAAAGUCUUUCUUUGGCAUCGAAUGUAAUAUCUUACAUUCAUGAUGCAGCAUUUGAUGGACUCUUAUCAUUAGAGUUCUUGGACAUUAGCUACAAUAACUUAAGUGUAGUUCCAAAACAACAGCUAUCGAAACUGGGAAGUCUAGAAGAAAUGGACCUCAGUGGAAACCAAUUCACGAGCAUUGGGCCAAUUGCUUUCCAAAGUCUUUUCGAACUCCGGCGCUUAAGAUUGUGCAGACUUCCAAGACUCGAACAUGUCGACGUGAGAGCUUUCGUUGACAACAUAAAACUUCAGAGCGUCUCCAUGGAAUACAACGUAGUGCUUACCAACCUUCCAACAAGACUUUUCCAUGGCAACACUCUUCUUGCUGACAUCUCCGUCCGUGGUAACUCUUUCACACUUCUGGAUGCCUCACACUUCCCUUUAGAUCAGAUGGACUCUCUGCUCCUGGCAGGCAACCCACUGCAUUGCAACUGCUCCAUGCUUUGGCUAUGGAUAUUGGCACGAAAACAACUUGAGGCAGAACAAAGAAAUGUAACAUUCCUGCCUCAGUCUGGAGACAUGUCACCGACGUCUUCAACAGUAUCAACAAAGGAGCAAAACAAAGUUCUUCAGAUGGAUAUUGAUGCUAUCAGAUGCGCAGGUCCAGAAACUGUUAAAAAGCUAUUGUUGGUUGAUGUACCAGAAAAAGAGGUACGUUGCGACACGUCGUGGCUGGCUGUCAUCAUUGUUACCGUUGUCGUAUUAUCAUUGUUUGCAGUGAUGUGUGGUUUUCUUGUGGUCUUUGGAGGCGACAGAUUUUGCAAGAAGCCUGACACACUCACAGAAUUACCCAAUCAUCAUCACCAUCAUCAAAAUGGUGCCAUGCUUAUGUUGAUGCCGAAAAAGGAUAAUAUGGAUGGUUUGGAGGACUUCAUGCUGAAAACGAAGGAUCCCGUGGUGAAUGACGUGAAGUAUCGUCAUCAACACUCGUUAGCGACUUGGGACCCUAUUAAUAAAGGCAUUCGCGUUCCAGACAAUAGGUCUCUUGGGAUGUACCAGAAUCAAUACAGUGUGAACGGUGAACAGCACAAACCAACACAUAUUGUUUACGUGUAGACUGGGAGAUGUGUUAAUCUAGCACAAAACAGAGACCCAGAGAACACUUCAAUGAACGUUCAGAUGGAAAGAGAGAUGUUUAAACUAAACAAGUGGGUGGCCUACUGUGGAGGCUGGAACAGUUUCUAAUGUUUCACGAUCAAAAUUUCAAAUUAAGAAAUUCAGCAGUGAUAACAGAUUCCAAUAAAAGUGAAUCUGUGGAUUCUGAAGUCAAGGUUGUCAUUAAACAAAAGUCUUUCUUUUUAUAUAUAUAUACUGUGGAAUGUCUGCCCUUGUAGUUAAUAUUAAGGAGAUUAAAGCAACGUGAAAAAGGUCUAACUGAUCUGCGUGACCAACAUUACUAUCCCGACUAUCAUUAAAAGUUUAUCAAAGAAACUAUAACAAAUUUGGUUCGUACUUCCUUCAUACGACUUAAUGUGAAUAACCAGUGAAAUAAUAUUCUAUAAAUAUAAAUUGUAAGAAUAUAGAUUAUUUGCUGUUCAAACUUAUGAGAAGUUCAGUGCAAGUACUAUUUUCGGAUUACACCGUGUUUUGGAUUGCAUACGUCAUUUUCUGUUUCAUUUCCACGAACGACAGUGCUUACUCAAAAGCAUUUGACUUACUACAUUUAUGGAUCCUGUUGUGUAAGACCAUCUGCGAAUGAGCAAAUAUGGUUAAUAAGUAUACUAUAUGAAACAAUAUAGGAAGUACACAUUCAGACUCUCAGCGUUAUUACAUCGCCUUUAAUUCCCACACUCAUAUUAUCUGUAUUAAUAAACAUUUUAACGUAAUCAUGUUCUGAAACAAACAGAUAAAUAUGAGAAAGAUUUUGUUAUAUUUCGUUUUGCCAGACAGUUAAAUGUGAGGCUAAAAUAAAGUUUCAUGAUAUAAUUCUCACGUAGAUGCAAAUGUUAUGCGUCCUUUUUCAACUUAGUCACAGUGUAUAUGUGCUCCUCAUAGUUCCGGUUCAUUAAUUUCUUGCAAGACCUCAAUAUUAAAUAUUAGUGAAUAUCCCUUAUUAUAGUGUGUAAAGAAUAAUCUUUAUAAAUACCACAUAUGGUGUUUAUAGAAGCGAAUGGUGCAUACAAGUUAUGGUUAUUGAUAUAUUCUUCGAUGAGCAUAUUGCAUUGGCUGAUCUAUGGUGAAGAAUAAAAUAAAGUCUUAACACUGAUGCAAUAUGAAGCCAAAAUAAAACACGAAUUUGUGAAUAACGUAUAUAUUUAUAUAUAUAUUAAACUGUGCAAUAUUGAUAUGUAAAGAUGCAUAGGUCUGACACAGCGGUAGUUAAUGUAUACCGACAUUUGUAUUGUUUAUAUAUUAAAAAAGAUUACUGUUUCAAAAUUUUCUUAGUGCUUUUCGUAAAUAAACUAUCAAAUAUAGUUUUACCAAAGUCAGGUAAUUUAAUGUUUCUGCAGCUACGUUUUCAACCAAUUUAAUUUGAGUCUAUUAGACAUCUAAAUACAUCUAAAGAAGUUCUUCCCUCCAAUUUACCUGAUCGUGUAUGCAUGUGGUUGGAGUGAGUAAUGUGCCUCAGAAUGUGCAUAAGUUUCUUUCGUAGCUCCUUUCAAAUAUUAAUACACGAUUAUACUUCGAACGUAAUUCAAAUUCAAAUCCGCAAAAUAAAACUUACGUUCCAGUGACCACUCAGUUGGAAAUCUAAUACAGAAAACAAAUUAUGUAACAGCGAUUAGAAGUCCUAUAGCGAAAUAAAUUAAGAUAUAUUCUGCUAUUUGCUGUCCAUUUAUCAGUCCUCGUGUUUUAAUAUUGCUCAAACAAUCUUCUUUAAAGCUGAAUGCAAGGAUGUUAUUAAAUAUUCAACACAUAUGACAUGUUUCAAAAUGUAGUUUUGUAUCAGACUGUGAUUAAAACACAAGUAAUUUUUAGUCAUGAGAUAUGAAGAAAAAUAUGUAACUUGUCCUUGGUUCAUACGCGCCAAUGCGGCAGCAGAUUAUACAAAAUAUAACUAAACUGUGGAUCGGAUAUAUGUGGAACCAAUCACUUCAAAAAUACACAGAAAUUAAAAACAUAGUAUUGAAAUUCGGAUUAAAAUUUCGCGUAUGCAGUAACCGCGUGGUUUUUGGAUUAAAUAUAAAUUUACGUAUUUCACCACUGAAGCUUCUAACACUAAAGAGUUUCAUUUUUUUAUAGAUCAAUAUAACAAUUAAGUAUUUAAAAUAAUUAUAUUGGUUCUGUGCAUACAUUCAUUCACUUGGACAAAUUAGGAAGUGUGCGUUCCUCAUGCUCUACAUUUAUUAAAAAGGGAAAUAGAAUAUGUUGCAGGGGAAUUCGGAUAACAAGAUGACAUUAUAAAAGAUUAGUCAGUGUCACUAAAGGUGACAUUGAAUAAACGUUUACUUCAAAAUAUUACCAUUGUGUAAUGGAUUAUAAAUAAUACGUCAGUCUUUAUGAGAACGUGUCACAUUAAACUAAUCAUCCUUCUACAUGCAACACAUGUUUCGACACAAAAGAAGAAUGGCAGUUUCAUUUAAACCUCUGGUAGUUUCAUCAUCAGGUAGGCCAUCACAUACAACUGUUUCUUAGCUGGAAUAUGUCUUAAUCAUCAAGGUCGAAAAUAUUUGGUUCAUAUCACCACUGGGACCCCUUUUACACCCUGGUAAGCUGUUGAUUAAUUUACAUAAUUUAUGCAAUCUUUUACGCUUUACGGUCUAAAUUGGUAAGUGACAAAUUCUAAAACUUUAAAAUUCUAAUAUGACACAACAAAACCUAAUAUUACUAUUCUUCGGUGUCUCAACAAUUCCGCAAACAAAACGGUAUAAUGCCACCAAGACCAAAAAGACCAAAAGUACUAUUAUAUGAAUCUAAAUGCAAAAUUACGAUUACAUUAUAAAAUAAAUAAUAAACAAUAAUGCGUUUUAUGACGUCUUCGCAUUUCAACAAUUUAUAAUUAACAUUUUGAUAUUACGAUUUUAACAUUUUUGAAGCCAGGGAUGAGACCACGAGUAACUAAGUUGUAAAAGAGGCCCUAAUUGAUGGUUCGUAUGGACUGAAAUAUAGUGGGUAUUAAUAACAGAACUCAGCUAAUAAAUAGUUUUGUCUGAUGGUUCAAUUAAUGUUAAAGCAACUGGAUGAUACGAACGCAUGGAACACAAAUACAAGUGCAAUAUCCCCAUCGAUAAUUUACACGACAAAUAGAUAGUUUGAAACAUUUUAAAAAUAAUACACCAUUGCAUAACUUUGUAAGAAAUUCCAGAUAAUGAUUAUUCACCUUAGGUUUUGUAAACUAAAAAGGACGUUCAUUAUAAUCCUAAAAAUGCUCCAUUUAUCAAAGUUGCGUGUUAUUUUAAGUUUGGAAAAUAAUCACAGUAAUGUUACACUUACAUGUGUAUACCUUUUCCAGCGAUAUAAAUACAUUAUCGUUUUAUAUGAGAAAAUCAUAAUGCGUAUGGGAAAAUUAGCUUUUAUAUUUUGAAUUCUUAUUCAUAAUUUAAACCUUGACAUUUUCUACAUUAGCCCACUCAAAAGUGAUGAAGAAGACUGACAUCUUUAUUAUCCAUACAGUGAUUAUAAAUAAUUUUCUUGCAACUAAACCUUGAGAUCACAAUUUUUGUAAAACAUUAAAAACUGUGUUUAGGCCUAGAUAUAAAGCCAUAGUGUCAAUAAUUUAUAUUUGUGUAAAACGAAUAGUUGAAACGCAUAAUCACACAACUCUGUCGAUUUUCUUCAGUAGCGUGAUUGUCUUACAUAAUGAUUAUAAACUAAAAAUACAAUGUAUUGAAAUAUUUUUAACAAUAUGUAUUUUUAGUGUUUUAUUGAUUGAUUAAAAUUAGCAAUAAUUCUUGUAUUUUAUAAAACUUAACUGAAGGGUUCAGCACUUUAAAAAGAUGGAAGGGGGAGCUUGCCUCAAGGAAGUCAGAAUGUAAAUGAAAUCAUAUAACACAUACAAAGUUUAAUUUCUACAAGUUUCAAACAACAUAUGUAAACGUCCCGUAAAAUUUAUUUCCUAUAUUGCAACAAUCGAGUGGACAAACUGAAGUUUGUAUUAUGUACACUCUUUAAAUAAAUCUUGCGUGUUCAUAAUCACAAACUGCACAAUAGCAUCAACAAACGGAAGUUAACACAAUGUUAAAGUCACCUCAUAAUUGUAUUGCUUUCUUCAUAAAGUAAAAUAUAAUUUUGAACACCCUGGCCUAGACUGAAUCUUACGUAGUAUGUUUCAAAACCUUUUCUACGACAUGAAUUGAAAACUACAUAGACAUUUAAUAUGUCGUCGCGUAAAUAGUUCUUGAAUAAAAUUUCUUUUCAAAUUUCAGUUUACCUAUCUGUAUUGUUCCUUGUAGUAUUUUGAAGUAACUCCAUCAGGACUGCCUUCAACUUACAUGUCAAGUGUUGAAGAGUAUUUAUCCACAAAAUAUAAAUAAUUUGGCUGUGUGAUAAUGAGCUUUCCAUAAAAGCUAAGCUAAUUAUGCGAUAUUUGAGUUCUAAAUCGAAACUAAACAGAUCGUAAGAAAGAGGCACACAUAUUCUAAAGCAUAAAUUGAUAAAUUUACAUUUUCGCAUUUGAAUUAUUUAGGCAGAAGUAAAGUAAAUGUUUCAGUUUAACUGUUGUGAUAUGACGCAUUUGUGUGGAAAUUUUUAUCAUGUGCCUCGUGAUAUUUUUAUAAUAUACCGUGUCUUCCUGUACUUCCGUCUGCAAAAGAAAGUAAAGUUUCUUUGCCUUACGUACUCUUGUCAGUAUCCAAACAACCACAGAUAAAGUGUUUGGCCCGCACUUAAACCGCAGACGAUGGUUCAAAGGAAAUAUUGUUCCCCUCUUAAUUCGUGAAAUAUAAUUCUAUUCGUCUCUUUUGUAACGCAGGAAAUUUUAAUAUUUAUGUUACAAUUGAAAGUUUAUUACUUUUCCUUUCUAUAUUAAUGCUGCUACAAAUAAAAUGCAUGCAUAUAUAUCGAUACAUAUAGCUUAUAUUAAUAAACGUCAUACAAUAUGACUUAAAAAGGUUUGUAAGUGAUAUAAAUAUGUCGACACGAACGAAUUAUCUAAUCUCAUACCCCCACUUUUACCUUAAGAAAGAGUUAUUCUUUGUUUUUUAACUGUUAUAUGAUUUUCUGAUAAAUAUUAAACACUACAACAACUGAACCAACAACUUAAAAGAUACGAGUAUUACUUCUAAAAAAAAUACACCCGUAUUAUUUUAGAAAUUACUGAAAUAAAUGAAGUCAAACUCGCCCUUCUAUCCGCAAUAUAAGCCAGCUGAUGAUAAUUAGUCGUGUAUUAUGCUGUGAUUUUUCCAUUUGUUCUUGCUCCAGCUCAGAGAAUGUGUACCAAGCAAUCUCGGUAUAUGCAAUAUUUAUUGUGAAAAUUUAACAAAAUGUGUGACGAUAAUUAUUUUGAAAAUAUUAUAUAAAAGACAUGUAAUAUAUAAGUAUUAUAUAGACUGUAUUACUUGGGUUGCAUAUUGUUAAGUUAUAUUGUAACUAACCUCUUUUUGAAAUAAAAUAAUACACCAAGUUAUAAUUAACAAUAA